AUGGAGCGAAAUUCACGAGAAGGAUCGCCCGCGAGCGGCGUCACUGCCAAAAGCCAAUCAACAGUCCCCAUCCCACAGAGAAUCGAAAGUAUGAUCGAUCCAGCAGUAUGGGGCAACUGGGCAAUCGACCUUACAAACGCUAGCCCACAGCAACUGGGUUCCUAUAUGGGUUUCCUACUUGAGACCUAUGAGAAGAGGAAUCUCACGGGCCUCGAGCUAUGGAACGAAGUUUCUCCCGAUUUCGCCGACUGGUCAGAAGAAGACUUCCAGAACGUACCUCCCCCAAUCCUACGAUUCUUCAGAGACUAUUUAAUCGGUAACGGCGUCUACGUCGAAAUGGAUGGCAAGAAAAUCUCGAAAAACGUGGCAUUAGCCCUCAAAAAGGAAGAAUUCCACUACUGGUCACCCCAAGAACUCGAACAAGGCGUCAAGAGAUAUCGCAACCUGAAGGCUCUGAUAAAAGACCCCGAAUUCCACGAAGAGAUCACGAGACCGGCAACAGUAGCCAACAGCACAGGAGGAAGAGUCGAACCAACCCUACAGCCACCUCCUCCACAAGAACAACAACAGUGGCAACUACCGUACCGACCGCCACAUCCCACGGUCUCUCCGUUAACAGACUUCCAACCAUACGAGUCAACAGACCGUAUCGGAAAGCAAUUAACAGAAUUCGCGAAACUAUACCCCGACGAUAUGAAAUACAGCGGCGAUAUGUACGAUGUACGCGAAAAGAAGGGCUGGACCGGACCGUUUACUUUAGCAGCCAUAAACGGCGAAACCUGUACUGUCGAUACGCCACGUGGUCCGAAGACCUUCCGGUCUACCGUAGUCAAACCAUACUACGAAGAUCCCGAUCAACCACCUAAUUCCAUCGCCGCGCCAGAAGAAGAAGAACCCGAAGCUGAGAUACCGCAGCAGGAAGUAGUACGCGACGAAAUUAUCGUCGCCGGCGGAGGCAGUGAACCGGACGAACCGCAAGAGGCACCGGAGCCACCGAGAAGACGCCCGGGCAGACCCCGGAAGAGACCACUGCCAAUCGCCCACUUCACAGAGGAAUUCAACGAUGACCCGGAUUAUCAACAAAUAUUCCUAUCGAUUAAGGAGCAAGCAGACGAAGAAUUGGCAAUCAAACUACGACGAGAAGGUGUUAUUACUACACCAGGCGAACCGUUCGAACAGUCAACUAAACAAGAGAUCAACAGCCUCAUCGCUAGAGGAGUGUUCAAAUUCACCCAGUUCAAUAAGAGAAGGCACCAGAACGUACGAAUCUUCCGAUCUCGUAUCGUCAACGAAGUCAAGGGUAAAACAACCGAACCCUACGAGAAAUCGAGACUUGUAAUACAGGGUUACGCCGACGAUGGCAAGAAGGCUAUAUUGACCCAAUCGCCAACGAUUCAGCGGGCGAGUCAACGGCUAAUUCUGUCAAUUACCCCGUCACUCCUACGAGAAGGGAAACAACUAUGGCUUCGAGAUAUCACACAAGCCUACGUUCAAUCCUCCACAAGGCUCAAUCGUACUAUUCUCGCCUACCCACCGAAGCAAAUUCAAGACCAGUACCCAAAAGGGACCAUUAUGGAGGUUGUGAAGCCUCUGUACGGAAUCGCAGAAGCUGGAACCCACUGGUGGGCAACGUAUCACAAGCAUCACAGAGAGAAUCUCCAGAUGGUUACUUCUUCGUACGAUCCAUGCCUAUUGAUCUCAUCUACCGAAAAUCCACACUUUGGCUGUAUCGGCAUGCAAACCGACGAUACCCUCGGUUUGUCAGACAAGGCGUUCUCACAAUUAGAAGACGAACAGUUAGAAAAAGCGGCUUUUACGGCAAAAGCGAAGAAUAUCCUCACAAUUGACGAACCCCUCCAAUUCAACGGAGGGAUAAUCGCGCUGUCAACCGACAAUUCGAUCAAUUUGAGGCAAAAGGGACAAGCCAAGAAGUUACGAUGUAUUGAGACUACUAAACCCAACCCAAAACAGCAAUAUGUCGAACAACGCGCCAGAGGGGCGUACAUCGCGUCAAUUUGCCAACCCGAGGCCUGUUUCGAUUUAUCCACUGCUGCCCAACACCAAGACCCCUCGCCAGAAGCGAUAAAAGCACUGAAUCAACGGAUUCGAUGGCAAAUAGAAUCGCCUAACCGAGGAAUAACGUUUAUCCCACUCGACCUUACAACAGCCAAGCUAUUCGUUUUCGUUGACGGGUCGUUCGCUAAUAACCACGACCUCUCCUCCCAAUUAGGGUUUCUGAUCAUCCUAGCCAACGACACUUCCUCUGACAGCAACAACGGAGAAUUCACGAUUCACGGUAACCUCGUUCAUUACAGCUCUACGAAGAGUAAACGAGUCACCCGCAGCGUAUUAGCGUCAGAGAUCUACGGGAUGGUCGCUGGCGUCGAUAUGGCCUACGCCCUCGCCACAACCCUGGCGACAAUCACUGACCACCUCAACCUACCAACGAUUCAGACAGUUGUCUGUACCGAUUCUUAUUCGCUGUACGAGUGUCUCGUGAAGCUGGGCACUACCAAAGAAAAGCGACUCAUGAUCGAUAUCAUGGCGUUGAGACAAUCGUACGAAAGACGAGAACUACAAGAAAUUCGUUGGAUUAACGGCGAAGACAACCCUGCUGAUGCCCUCACGAAGAGCAAACCAAAUCGAGCCCUCGAGAGAUUCGUUGAUAGCAACACGAUAACGAUACGUAUGGAGGGAUGGGUAACAAGACCGUAA